AUGGAAGAAAGAAUCCCUCUUAUAAGAAUUCAGGCUGAAGAGGGCACCACGAGGGCAUCUGAGGGAGAAGAGAAUGAGGGGAGCGAGGUAAACCCUGGAUCUUCUAGGGGUUUAUCAGUGGCGACCUCCAGGGAGGACGACGAUGACUCCAGCAACAACGCCAGCAACGAGAGUAAAAGCCCUAGACAGAGGCGGCCGAUCAUUGCAUCGAGCUCGUCAAGCUCUCAAAAGUCCGUGCAGGACAGUGAGAGACCGGAAUCAGACUCUGACAAACGAAGCCAUAAGUGGAGACACAUCCAAGCUGUCAUGGCUUACUACCAGGCUCUAAGGAAAAUAAAGAGAACUAAAUCUAAUCAAAGAUGGAUGAAGUUGAGGACAACGGUCCAACUGAGUUCUGCGAUACAGAAGAAGCCGCCACUGAAGAGAGAGGAUUCAUUUCUAAAGAGAUUUUCCACUCGACAAAUACCAGAGGCCCAGGAAACUGUUGAAGACACCGGAUCUGAAGGUGCGACUGGUGAAAACAGAGCCUCUCAUCGACAGAGACGCCGCAAAGUACGCGUGCCCCGCACCGUCGUCAAUCCCGAUGAAAACUUUUACUUCUACUGGCUGUGGGUCAUUACAAUCUGUGUCCUUUACAACCUGUGGACGCUGAUAGUCCGACAAAGCUUCCCGGAAUUACAGAUUCUCUGCCACUACUUCUGGGUGACCUGUGAUGCUAUCGGCGAUUUGGCCUUCGCACUUGAUUUGGUCGUUCAGCUAAGGACAGGAUAUUUGGAACAAGGAUUAAUGGUUUACGAUUCUAAAAAGCUUGUGAAACAUUAUCUCUCAUCUCGUUCAUUCCUUCUGGACAUCGGAGCUCUGACACCCCUGGAUCUGUUACAACUGAAGAUUGGCACCAACCCUAUAGUCAGGUUCCCCAGGUUCUUAAAGGUGUACCGAGCUAUUAGCUGUUACUACAUGGUGGAGUCACGAACUGUUUACCCGAACUUCUGGCGUGUCAUCAACCUAAUCCACAUACUCCUGAUCCUGGCGCAUUGGUUCGGAUGCUUCUACUUCUUACUCUCCGAAGCUGAAGGUUUCCAAGGUGAUUGGGCUUACCCAUAUCGACCAGGUGACUACGCGACGCUCACAAGAAAAUAUCUGGGCUCAUUAUAUUGGUCAACACUAACUCUCACUACGAUUGGAGAUUUGCCGACACCAGAGACAAACUCUGAGUAUGUGUUCACAAUCGUGAGCUACUUGAUCGGAGUUUUCAUCUUCGCUACCAUUGUGGGACAAGUUGGCAAUGUCAUUACAAACAGGAACGCCAAUCGACUGGAAUUCGAACGCCUCCUAGAUGGCGCUAAAACCUAUAUGAGACACCACAAGGUCCCUGGUGGCAUGAAGCGACGGGUACUGCGCUGGUACGAUUAUUCCUGGUCACGAGGAAGGAUACAAGGUGGUGGUGACAUCAACACCGCUCUGGGACUAUUACCUGACAAAUUGAAAACUGAACUGGCCCUGCAUGUCAACCUUAGUGUUCUCAAAAAGGUAACAAUAUUCCAGGAAUGCCAGCCCGAGUUCUUGCAUGACUUGGUGUUGAAGAUGAAGGCAUAUAUUUUUACACCGGGAGAUUCCAUCUGUCGUAAAGGGGAAGUAGCCAGGGAAAUGUUUAUAAUAGCGGAUGGCAUAUUGGAGGUACUUUCUGAGACCGGGCGAGUGUUAACCACUAUGAAAGCUGGGGAUUUCUUCGGGGAAAUCGGAAUCUUGAACCUCGAUGGAUUGAAUAAGCGCACAGCAGAUGUUAGGUCUGUGGGAUAUUCUGAAUUAUUUUCGUUGUCACGUGAAGACGUAUUGGCGGCUAUGAAAGAUUAUCCUGAAGCACAAGACAUAUUGCAGACGCUAGGCCGAAAAAGAUUACAAGAAGCGAGAAAUAUGUCCAGAAAGUUUAAAGCCGAGGCUAGUCCGGAUAAGGCCGCCGGAGACGACAGCGCUCCGAAGAGAAUUGUACACAAGCUACGUACGGACGUUAAGGGCAUCCGUAACGCGAUUAGGAGUCGCUCCCGUGCAGGCCGACGAUCAGGCGAGUCGCUGGAGCUGCGCGCCCACGAACCACGACUUAGACGCAUGACGCGAGUCCACAGUGAUGACUCACAGCAACAAGAACAAGGAUCACAUGAGAACGGUGAAACCACAUCUGAAAGCAAAGAUGGGGAAAAGGCUACAUCUCCAAUUGGAGCUGGACUACCCCUACUAUCUCGCCUCAAACUUCUUAAAGAAAAACAGGAUCGUGAAGAAAAAGUUGCGAAUCAAAGGCUUUCCACCUCAUCAGUAAUAACACCUCCGCCAAUGCAGCCCAUGCCAUCGACGAGUUCUGCUCAAGAUGAACCUGAGGUUAUCGGAGCUGGUCUUCCUCUGAUACAAAGACUUUUACUGCUAAAAGCUAAAGAAGAUAAAGAAAAGAAUCUUUUGACUACUCUUAGCAAUCAGCCCUCUAGCUCAGAGACGAUAAGUCCAUGUUCACUUAAAAGUCCUCUGAGCCCAACGGUAAAAAAUAUAAGCCCGAUUAGAAAGGGAUCUGAUUCCAACUCUCCUGGAAAAUUACACAGCCCUACUUCGAAGACUUCUAGGAAAAAUUCAUCAGGCUCUAGUGAUGGAACUUCGAGACCUAAAGUCAGUUUUAAGGACAGAAUAUUGCAGGUGCAAGUUCAUGGAACACCAGUUUGUCCACCCCCUAAUAAAGUUGCUUUAGAAAGCACGAACAUUGUUGCUGAAACAACCCAAAAAUCUGACAGUAAUUUAAUAUCCAUACCUCAUUCAGUUGUGAGCAAAAUAAGAUCACCAGCCAAAUCUGUUGGAUCAAGCUUACGGGAAAAAUUUAAAUUAUUAAAAGUUGGUGGAUCUGACAAAGAUUGUGGCAGCUUUGCGAUAGAAAAAAUUAAACCUCAAAAUAUAACAGCUGAAGUUUCACAUUCAAAAGAGAGUCAGGAAGAAUUCAAAAAUAAAAAACCUUGGAACAAACUGAAAAGAGCUGCGAUCUCGAGUGAAUCAAAAAGUAAAUCUAUUUUAGAUGACAAAAUUGAAAUGGAAACGGAAAUAACCGAACCACCUGCAGGAAAUCUGGAUGAAGGAAACAACGUUACCAUAGCUAUCACCGAUACAACAGACCUCGUAAGCGAAGACAGAGCUGAUGUUGAAAGUAGCAUUGUCAGUACAGCAAUCGAUAAGGCUAUAGUCGUGUCAGAAACUUCGAAAGGCGUACUGGAGAAACCUGUGGGUCUAUUACAAUUGUUUCCCAAGAACCUAAGCAAAACCACGGAUUCAAUAACCAGCUCUGAGUGCUCACAAUUGAGUAAAGAUAAAAGAUAUAGAUCCAUAGAUGAUUUAUCACCGGAAUAUGGAGGACUCCCUUUCGUUAAAAAGCUAAAAAUUUUAAAUGAGAGGCAGAAGUUGGUAGAGUUGGAGAAUGUCAUCAAAUUCAGGAGCUCAAGCUUAGACAACACGAGUUCUUCAGAAGACUUACUCGGAGAUACCCUGACAAGAAGUCAUUCCGAAAGCAGCACUAUGGAUAAACGUAAAUAUAAAAGGAAAUCUCUCGAUUCAGUCGGAAGUCACGAAUCUAAUGAAACCCUGGAGAGACGUACACUCAAAUCAAUAUUAAAAAAAUUAUCAGAAGAUGUCACACCAGCUGAGAGUCCGGAAAGGAGUAACGAACUUAAAAGGUUAAUAAGAGCUCCUACAAUAGAAGGUUACGCUGCAAGACACUCCAAAUUUGCAAAGAGUGUCACUUUCAACAGACAUACAUUGCCAUCCCCACCUUCUAGUGCUUCAGAUAUGCCCGACGAUGUUUUUGAAUUACCGACCCCAAUUGAAUCUGCGCCAUUAAAAGAGCAAAUAAAGAUCCCGGAAGCUGAACAGCAAUUUACGGAAGCAGAUAUCGAACCGGAAGUUAGGAGUGAUUACAAUUUACAACAAAACAUUGAUCCAACAUAUGAUUAUAAAUCCCUUCGACCUGGAGAUAUAAGAGUGCCGUCGCCAAAGAAGAAACUAACCAUAAUAUCGACGGUAGCCAAUCAAAGGAGCCUAUGGAAAGGUUCAUUAGAAGAACAGGAAUAUUAUGGAGAGCUUCUGAUAGGAAUAAAACAAGUAAUGCAAAUUCAUUUGCAAGAAAUCCAAGGAAAAUUCCGUGAAAGCUUCUGUAGCCUAGAAAACGAAGUGAGGAAACGAGAUGAAAUCAUAAGUCAACUACAGCAACGAAUACAGGAAUUGGAAAAGCACGGUCUGUCAGGGAAACUGGCAAGUUCUGAAAUAGAGAUGGAAGAGGACUUCCAAAUGAGAACUCAGUCAAAGGAUCCAAGCUCCGAAAGCGACGACGGCAUCGAUGAAGGAUUCAUGCGAGGCGACUCUCUAGACACCGUUUUCACGACAUCACCGCCAGAAGUAACUUCAGAAGUUAAAGCAGUUAAGAAAGUACGAGAAGAAGAAGAAUACGAAGAACAUGAAAUCGCUGAUGAGAGCGUGUUAGACAUUUUGGAAGGAAUAGAACUAAAUAAACUAUCGUACUCGGAUAUUCAGAGCUUGGGUGAAUAUUUGUCUAAUAAAUCAAAAGCCAGCCAACGAGAGUUCGCUGUGAGCAAGUCCAAGAGAAUGGAUCUGAAUUUAGACGGCAAAGCAGGUACAUAUUCGAGGAAAAGAGCAAAAAAACUGAAACAGAGAAAAUCUUGGGAGGAUCAGAAUUACCGGGAAUCAAUGGAGUUACAGGAUUUGAGGCCACUAUCUCCGCAAGUCACUUCCGAGGACCGAUCUCUCCUGAGUCCGGAACAAUCCAGCCUGAAACGGACCCCUCUCCAGUUUUUCGGAUCUCACUUGGACAGCACUAAAUCUAAGAUAAAGAAAACCUUAUCCGUGGACACCGGCAUGCAUCACACCGGCGAGAGAAAACGCUUGCGCCAGCAGCGCAAAUUUAGUCUGGGAUCUUUGUUCGGAAACCGAGGCAGACGACAGGAUAUCGAGCUGAACAUAGCCAGUGACACCAGCUGGACCGAAAGUGCAUCAACAUCCAGCAGUGACUCGGAAUCAAUACCACGUACUCCAGUAUUUGAAGAGUUUGAAAAGGCUAAUGCCAGGAGAGCCAGAAGUUCGUCUAGCGCAAGCAGUAUGCCAUUGCAAAGCAAAGACGGCGGAUCUGAUUGGGAAGUAAUGAUGCUCGUAGAAGAGUUAGCGAAGAGAGAACAAGAAAGAGAUGACGCCAGAAGACAAGCCUACGCUCUGAGGGACCUGGAAGAGGAAUCCGACAUGGGACAACGCGACAGUCUCGACGACUCCAACACUGAAGACUCGGCCUCACGCAGCCCAACCACAGCUGACAGCGACCCCGCGCUACAUGUCCAACCAGAACCGGCAACUUCGAGGCAGUCCAGGCGCCUCAUUCUCAGAGCAUCGAGCUUGGACAGCGACUCUAAAGCUACGUCAUCUCAACCAAGGAAAUACGGCUCCCUGAAGAGCUGCAGAUCAGACUAUCACAAAAGGCUAUAAUCUGUUUCACAAAGAAAUAUUAAAUACGACAUGCGAACGAAAAUUACCAUUGUAGUAAUGUUAACGUACAUUUUGUUAGUGAGCUAUGAAACGAACGAGAGAAUUUGAAUGGCAUACAAAAUGGCGACCAACAUUUAGUUGGCGCCCAAUUGAUGUUUAUCGUAAUCUUUAUUCUUUCAAAUCAUAUAUUAAUAUUUACGGAAAUAGUAGCCGCAUCAAUGUGGUAGGUUGUUUCAAUUCUUAUAUAUGUUAGAUGUCGAUAAAAAAAAAAAAAAUAUAUAUAUAUAUAUUGCCAAUUUCUUUAAAAUGUGUAUUGAAAAUAUAUGGUACAUUAUACAAAAUAGGUGUACAAAUGAAAUGCACAAUAAAAAAAAAUUAAAUGUUUUAUAAUUUACUUUGUAGAUGGUAUAUAUUUAAAUGUAUUUUAAGAAUGGAUCUUGUACUAUACUAUGAAAAAAAAAAAAUAUUCGUAGAAUAUCUUGUUAGUUGUAUAAUUUCUUAUGAGUUGUGAAGUUGUCACGAAAACCGAUACAGUUUUCGGGUCAUGUAUCGCUGUAGCUAUUAUUUAUUUAAGAAUUCAAAGCUUGAUUGUCACUCUGUUUUCAGUGUUACCAUUAGUAAUACCACAGACAGUUAAGAUUAUAUAACCCUUGGCACACUAACUAAUUUAAUAAGAAGAUGUUAUAAAAGACCGUUCUAAUAUAUAUAAUAUAACAAGGACACUAUCGAGGUACAGUUAUAACGAUAUCUGUCCAUACAUAAGGAGAAAUAUUUAAAAAGAUUUUAUAUAUAAAUAUAUAUAUGUGCCAAAAUAUAUUAAACUAGAAUAAGUCAUGUAAUAAAUGUUAUUUAUUUUAUUCGUAAAAAAAAAAUACGAACUAUUAGAGGGCUAUAAAGAAUAGUCUUAGUUGAAAUAUCCCGACAUCGCUUCAGUCUAUCCCCUAAUCUUUGCAACGUUCCUGUGCCGAUUUUUCCAAUAUACAUAUAAAUACGUACUGUUUGAACAAUUUGAUUUUUAUAAAAGUGCUUUUAGAACAAAUAAACCAAUAUCAAAUCAUCAAUAGUUAACGGAUUUAGAUAGCUAAAAUAACGCUAAUAAAAUAGAUUUUAACCGAAAAAUAUUUACGUUCACAUAUUACUAAUGAAAAUUGUAUUUUUAUCCUUUUAGAAACAUAGGAACGGACCAACGUAAUUGAAACACACACGUAUUUAUAUAUGUAAAUCACACUCAAAACCAGAUCUAUGUACCUAUUUGUUUUAACAAGUAUAUAUAUUUAUAAAAUAUUAAUUCCCUUUUCUUUUUCAGAUAAACUUCUCUAGAUUAAGAUAUUUUAAAAAAAUAUUUGUAGUAAAACAUAAUUUACGUAGACAUCAACCCUUGAAAUGGAUGUAGUUAGUACAGUAGUUAUUAAAUGAAUAUAUAUGUAUGUAUGUAUAUGUAACGACGAUGAAGGAAUAUUAAUAAAUAAAAUUUAUCCAAUA